UCGUCUGAUAUUCUGUUAUUUAUCUCUUCCAGUUUUUUUAAUAAUUUUCGAAAAUAAGGGAUUAGCUGAAGAACUUUCUGCUUCGAUUGGCUUUUUUUGCUUGUUCUUAUUAUGCCUAAUUGUCAAUAUGAUAGCUGCAUUCUGCCGACCUUAGCUCCCUCUAUAAUAUCGUGUAGCAUUAUAUAAAAUACUGAUCUAAGACUUACCUCCUCGACAAAUUUGUGCUGAAUAAUAUAUUUGAAUGUUGUUGAAUCAUGUAUGCGAACUCGUAUACUAUGUGGAUUUUCUUUAGGAAGCAAGAAUCCAGAGGAAACAAAGAAAGAUAAGUUAAGUAUUCGAUUAGGAGAGCGAAUAUAUAUCACGUUCUUAAUCUUCCUUUACUUCAACUUAUAACAAAGAGAGAGCAAAUUUAAUAUCUUUCAAUCAUGCUGAAAUUGAAGUCUGUAGAUUCAUCAUCUCAAAAUUAUAGCUACGAUGUAUUUUUAAGUUUCAGAGGUGAAGAUACCCGAAAGAAUUUUACAGAUCAUCUCUAUAAAGCUUUACAAGAUGCAGGACUAUUCACUUUUAGAGAUGACGAGGAUAUUGAGAGGGGAGAGAGUAUCAAAUCUGAAUUAGAAAAUGGUAUCCAACAGUCAAGGAGUUGGAUAAUUGUAUUCUCAGAGAACUAUGCCUUUUCCAGUUGGUGCCUUGACGAACUUGUGAUGAUUCUCAAAUGCAGGAACAGAUCGAAACGUCUUCUGUUACCUAUCUUCUACCAUGUGGAUCCGUCUGAUAUUCACAAACAAUCUGGUUGUGUCUAUGAAGCGUUCUCUAGGCAUGAAGAGAAAUUUAAGAGGGAAGUGAAUGAUACUAAGAGAAAAGAUUUGAUGGAAAAAAUACAGCAAUGGAGGACUGCUCUUACUGAGCUUGCAAAUUUGGGAGGCAUGCAUCUGCAAAACUUAACCGAUGGGUACGAAUCAAAGUUCAUCCUGAAAAUAGUUAGCAUCAUCAAGGAUAAAGUGACUCGUAAUAACAUAUUAAAUAUCACUCCGCAUCUUGUUGGAAUUAAUGAUUCAUUACAUGCCAUUAAUCUAUGGUUAAGAGAUGGUUCUACCAGUGUGGAAGUGUUUGCACUGUAUGGUAUUGGUGGAGUGGGAAAGACAACUAUUGCAAAAUAUGUUUAUAACACGAGCUUCCAGCUAUUUGAAGGUGGAAGUUUUUUAGAAAAUAUAAGGGAAUAUUCUGAACGGCCAGAUGGUUUACUGUGUUUACAAAGACAACUUCUUUCAGAUAUUUCCAAGGGAAAGACACCAUCCGUCAACAAUCUUAAUGAUGGCAUUCAUAAAAUCCAAAGUGCCCUUCAUGGUAGGAAACUUCUGAUAGUUUUGGAUGAUGUGGAUCAAACUGAACAAUUAGAUGCAAUCUUUGGGAUGCGAGAGUGGUUUUACCAUGGAAGCAAAAUUAUUCUAACGACACGGAAUGUGCAUUUGCUGAAUGCUCAUAAACAUUGUAAGAGAUAUUCUGUGGAUACAAUGAAUUUUAGUGAUUCAUCGGAGUUGUUUAGUUGGCAUGCAUUCCGGGACAGUCACCCCCCAGAAUGUUACACAGAGCAGUCAGAGAAGAUACUAAAGCAAUGCCAAGGUCUUCCUUUAGCUCUUGAGGUUCUAGGUGCUUCUCUACAUGGCAAGAAGGAAGAUGUCUGGAGGAGUGCGAUACAGAAAUUGGAAACUUUUACUCCCUCCAAACUCCAGAAGAUAUUAAGAAUAAGCUAUGAAUCUUUGCCAGAUGAUCAUGAUAGAGAAUUAUUUCUUGAGCUUGCGUGUUUCUUCAAUGGAGAGGCCAAAUCUUCUGUGGUCGUGAUAUUGGAUGCAUGUAAAUACUAUACAACAAUUGGUGUUGAUAAUCUUAUUGAUAGAUGUCUGUUGAAAAUUGAUAUAUAUGGAAAGCUGAGAAUGCAUCAGUUGAUACAAAGCAUGGGUAGAGAAAUUGUCCGUCAGCAAUCACCAAAGGAUCCAGGGGAAUGGAGUAGACUGUGGCACUAUAGGGAAUCCCUUGAAAUAUUAGAAGAUGAAACAGGCACUAGAGCAAUAGAAGGUCUGGCACUAGACAUGGAUAUGACUAAAGCACAUCAGACCAAGUUCAAUACAAAAGCUUUUUCGAUGAUGCACAAGCUAAGACUACUUAAGCUGAACAAAGUACAGCUACUUGGAGGUUACAGCGACUUCCCUAAAAAAUUGAAAUGGUUAUGUUGGCAUGGAUAUACUCAAAGAUCUUUACCAGAUGAUUUCCCUUUUAGUAGCUUAGUUGCUAUUGACAUGCAAAAUAGUAAAUUGCAAAAACUGGUGCAGGGAAACAUGUGUCUUGGAUCACUAAAGAUUCUAAAUCUCAGUCACUGCCAUUGCAUUGUGGAAUCUCCGAACUUUUCCCAACUUCGUGUUCUUGAGCAAUUGAUCCUUGAAGAUUGUGCAAGCUUAGUCGAGAUUGAUGAAUCUAUUCAAAUGGCUAAAGGACUUCUGUUCAUGAAUUUAAAGGACUGCCAGGGCCGGUUUUGAGGGAGUGCAACAAGUGCAACAGCACAGGGCCCAUGAAAAUUUAGGGCCCCCAAUUUAUGACUAAUUCUUUCUAUCUUUUAGUAUAUUCAUGAUUCAUGAUAAAUAUUAUAUAAUAUUAAUAUGUCUUUAAUUUUUACCAUUAUUUCAUUUAAACAC